CCCCCCGUCGCGCGUAGCUUCCCAAGCUCGGAAGCCGCUGUACGCGCACGCACGCGCGCUCUCGCGCGCCCCCCCCCCCCUCCGCUUGUCGGUUCGCGCUCAGCCGGGUCCCUCAAUCGAGCUUCGUCCCUCAGUGUCUUCCCCCGCUCCUCCUCCUUCUCCCCUCCGCAUCUCGGACUUGUCACUCCAGUUUAGGGCUGCCCGUGUAAACACCUCCUUCCAAUCUCCUCUCAGCUCACUUCAGCAGCGGGCGAGGAGGCUGGCAUGUCCGGGCAGCAGCCGCAGCAACUCCCGGCGACGGCUCCUCAAGCGCCGAGCAACCCUGCCCCAUCGGCGGCCUCGGCCGCGCUUCUGCUUCACCCGCCGCCGCCUCCGCCACCAGCCACCUCGGCCCCGCCGCCGCCGCCGCCACCGCCGCCUCCUCCACCCGCUAUAGCAGCGCCGACACCCUCCGCCUCGUCGUCGGGCUCCGCCGGGCCCAUGUCUGCCGGGAGCGGCGGCGGCGGCGGCAGCAGCAGCAGCGCCCCGGCCCCUUUCCCUCACGGCGGUGACCCGGCCCUUAACGAACAAGAGAAGGAGCUCAAGCGGCGUCUCAAACGGCUCUACCCGGCCGUGGACGAGCAGGAAACGCCGCUGCCCCGCUCCUGGAGCCCGAAGGACAAAUUCAGCUACAUCGGCCUCUCGCAGAACAACCUGCGCGUCCAUUACAAAGGCCAUGGAAAAACUCCAAAAGAUGCUGCUUCUGUUCGAGCUACACAUCCCAUACCUGCUGCUUGUGGAAUAUACUACUUUGAAGUUAAAAUUGUCAGCAAAGGAAGAGAUGGUUAUAUGGGAAUUGGUCUCUCUGCUCAAGGUGUGAAUAUGAACAGACUACCAGGUUGGGACAAACAUUCAUAUGGUUACCAUGGAGAUGAUGGACAUUCAUUUUGUUCCUCUGGAACUGGACAACCCUACGGUCCAACAUUUACAACUGGUGAUGUCAUUGGCUGUUGUGUAAACCUCAUCAACAAUACAUGCUUCUACACCAAGAAUGGACAUAGUUUGGGUAUUGCUUUCACAGAUUUGCCGCCAAAUCUGUACCCUACAGUAGGACUUCAAACACCAGGAGAAGUAGUGGAUGCUAAUUUUGGGCAACACCCAUUUGUGUUUGAUAUUGAAGACUAUAUGCGAGAAUGGAGAACCAAGAUUCAAGCUCAAAUUGACAGAUUUCCAAUAGGAGAUCGGGAAGGAGAAUGGCAGACAAUGAUCCAAAAGAUGGUUUCAUCUUAUUUGGUACAUCAUGGGUAUUGUGCAACAGCAGAGGCCUUUGCUAGAUCUACUGAUCAGACUGUACUAGAAGAAUUAGCUUCCAUUAAAAAUAGACAAAGAAUUCAGAAACUGGUUUUAGCAGGAAGAAUGGGAGAAGCCAUUGAAACAACACAACACUUGUAUCCGAGUCUACUAGAAAGAAAUCCAAAUCUUUUAUUUGCUUUGAAGGUACGUCAGUUCAUAGAAAUGGUCAAUGGUACAGACAGUGAAGUUCGAUGUCUAGGAGGUCACAGUCCAAAAUCUCAAGAUAGUUACCCUGUUAGUCCUCGAUCAUUUAGUAGUCCCAGCAUGAGCCCCAGCCAUGGAAUGAAUAUUCACAGCCUAGCAUCAGGCAAAGGAAGUAGCACACACUGUUCUGGUUUUGAAAGUAGUUGCAGUAAUGGGGUGAUAUCCAAUAAAGCACAUCAGUCUUACUGUCACAGUAAACAUCAGUCUACCAGUUUGAAUGUACCAGAACUCAAUAAUAUAAACGUAACAAGAUCACAGCAAGUUAAUAGCUACACCAGCAAUGAUGUAGAUAUGGAAACAGAUCAUUAUUCCAAUGGGGUUGCAGAGACAUCAUCCAAUGGCUUUUUAAAUGGGAGUUCUAAACAUGAUCAUGAAAUGGAAGAAUGUGAUACAGAAAUGGAAGUUGAUUCCAGUCAGUUAAGACGUCAACUGUGUGGAGGUAGUCAAGCAGCCAUUGAAAGAAUGAUUCACUUUGGCAGAGAAUUGCAAGCAAUGAGUGAGCAGUUAAGAAGAGAAUGUGGCAAAAACACAGCAAAUAAGAAAAUGCUUAAAGAUGCAUUCAGUUUACUUGCAUAUUCAGAUCCCUGGAGCAGUCCAGUAGGAAACCAACUGGACCCCAUUCAGAGAGAACCCGUGUGCUCAGUUCUCAAUAGUGCAAUAUUGGAGACCCACAAUCUACCAAAGCAACCUCCACUUGCCCUUGCAAUGGGACAGGCUUCGCAAUGUCUAGGAUUGAUGGCCCGGUCAGGAAUUGGAUCCUGUGCAUUUGCCACAGUAGAGGAUUAUCUACACUAGCUAUGCAUAUGAAGAUGUCCAAGGUGUAUAAUGUGGCAUAUAUUCAACAUGAAAGUAGAUCAGCUCUGCCGAUUGGAGUUGGAUUUUUUUUUUAAUUAUGUACUAAGAACAGGUCUGUUGCUUUACAUUGCUUCCUAGUUUACAGCAUGACGCAAAUGAUUUUCUAACUUACUGUUGGGAGAAAUUUUCUGUCCUUAACCAGAGUUAAAUAUCAUCGAUAACAUCAGAUUAAAAACCCUUUAAAGAAUUAUUCCAAACAAACCAAAAAAAAGUCUUACCUUCGUGGAAGGUGGGGCAAAAUAGACAAUGUUGUGGAUGUGUUAGUAUGUGGGUGAUGUAAACUUCAAGCAGGAUAAUUUGCCAACUUCCACCCCCAUUAUUACAUAGAUCAAUCAGUGUAAUUUGCAAAAUGCAUAAAUACCUGACAGUUUGGCUGUAUAGUAUUGAUGGGAAGAAAUGUUUUUAAUGUGUACUGUAAAACUUGAAAUACUCAGGAGCUGAGUAAAUAUGUUUGUUGCUACUUACAAUCUCAACCUGUUUCCUAGUGGGUUUUGUUUUAACAUGGUCUUUUCAACUCUGUUUCCUGUUUAAUUGCAGCCAACUUCUGUAGACUCACCUGUUUAACUGUUGUAUUAUAACAGUAUUACAUGUCAACACAGUGUGGUUAUGGCCUAUUUAUAUAAAAACCAAAUAUUUAGUCAAUUUCAGUCUUAAUUUAAUCUUUGUACACCCUGCAUUUUUAAAAGUGCUUAAAUUAGUACUCUAUUGCAAUAAAAUGUAAUAUCAUAAUUAACCAGCCAUUAAAUACUUCUACAUAUGGUAGGAUGGCUACCUUACCUUUUUGCUCAUGUGUUCUGUUUUAGAUCUUGAAUAAUGAAUUUCUAAACCUCAAGUACAUUGAGAUACACCACUAUGUAAAGUAUAACGUGUCCAUAUGUGCACAGGGACAAGGUCAUGUUGCUGCAUCUGACUAGAAUUGUUUAUCCACCUCCCUGGUUUCUGGAUUUCUAGCAGUUAUUUCCCUGUGCUUGCUUUUUUAAAUGAGAGAGUUCAGAUGAUCAGGAAGCUGAGCUCUUGUACCCCCAACCACAGAAGCAGAAUAUACACAGAGCUGUGCAACAUUCCUCCCCUGGCAGCACACCCAAGCAGAGGAAAGGAGAAUCCGUUAUCCCCAGCAGUUUGGCUUCCACAGAAAUUGGAGGAGGCUCUUUUGGAGGGCAUUCUGUCUGCUCUUAUGCUAAUCUGUAAAACUAACUUCAGAAGAGUGGCUUGCUGCCCUCCUGUAUACUGUGAAACAUUGACUGCAUUUGAAACAUUGCAGAUACACUUUCAGCACACUGAAAAUAGCUGUAAGCUGUUAGUCCGGAGUCCUGUUUCUUAGUAGCCCUUUGUGUGUGUGUGUGCAAAUUUAAUUUUUUUGUAAAAUUAAAUUUAAAAAGAAAACUGAAGCAUAUUGGUGUCUUAUCAGCUUUUAAUCAUGGUCACCAGUUCCAUGACUCAAGGCCCUUAUUCCUAUAAAACUUGUUGGCAUACCUUUUUCCUGUACAAUGACCUAAUCUUACCUACCAUAAUCAUCUUGCUUUCUAAAUUACAGCGGGGCAGUAUCUGAAGUAGCAGCUGCACAAGGUUUCCAGUAUUCGGCAAAGUGCAAGGGCUAGGCAGGCAGUCAUGGGGCACUAUUCCCACACACCAUCAGUCGCCAACUUCUGUGCCAGUAAUGUAGAUUAGGGAUGUUAAACAUUAGGCAGUUAAGUGUUUAACUGCUAAGAUGAGUCUUAUCCCGUAGCGAUUUCUAGUAAACAAUUAAAUGACCUUGCUCAAUCUCUUACUGUGUGCAGGCCCUUUGGGGUUAGUGUACACACACACACACACACAACCUGAGACAGAAAAACAUGAUAUAAUUUUUGUCUUCUAGCAAUCGGAUGCUGCGGGUGAUUCUUUCCUGUGGGGUUGGGGUUUGGUUUUUUUAAUGCAGCUGUGAGUGUUUCCUGUUAAUAACUUUGAAUUGAUUUGUAUUUAAAUGACACAUCUGUAGUGCAGAUUGAACAUUUAUGGUAACUAUCCUCCUGAUUUUUCAAUCAGCUGCUUUCUAACUGAUGGACUUGGGCCCUAGUCCCAUUGAAAACAAUUAUAGAGUGAUGCACCUUGAGGCAAUAAAUAAAUAUAUUCCACUUUCA